UAAGAGCUUAUAAAAGCCAACCAAGAACGUCGCGUAUUAUCAACUCUAUUAGCUAGUCAGGAGGCUGAGACUCACAACUUGUUUUUAUAAUUUAAGCAAGUUAAGCCACCAUUAAGCCACCAACACGCUGCUUGUUUACUGUCCAAUGGAGCCAGGGACACUGCCAUACUCUACCGUAGCACUAUGCGUCGUUAAAUAUCGGUACCUGCAUUUGGUUGGGCAGAGGUAGGUUUUCCAGUGAUAAUGGAUGAUUCCAAGCCAAGGUACAGCAAAGGGCUGCGGGCUGGUACCCGACGACGUUACCAUGACGACGGAAUCUCAGAUGAGGAGAUUGGAAGGAGAAUGUUUGGACUUGGAGGAGAAGUCCACAGUCAGAGGUUCAGCUCUGACCGGAUCCUGCGAAUUGAGGGAAGAGACUUAACAUAUGAGUUCAUCCAGAGAGGCGGCCUGAGGGACCCAAUCAUGUUUGAGAAGCCCGAUGGACUGGGAAUCAAGAUGCCUGAUCCUGACUUCAGUGUCAAUGAUGUCAAGAUGUUUUGCAGCAGACGUAUGAUAGAUGUGAUGGAUGUGAGCACUCAGAAGGGGACAGAGAUGUCCAUGGCUCAGUGGACACGUUACUAUGAGACCCCUCCAUCUCAGAGAGAGAAGCUCUAUAAUGUCAUCAGCCUGGAGUUUAGCCACACUAAACUGGAGAACCUGGUCCGGAGACCUGCACAGUAAGUACACACACUCGUAGAUCUAAUAGACUGGGUGACAACAUGUGUGCCUCGUCACCUGAAAGAGAGACAGAGAGACUCAACGAACUCCAUCACUGACAUGCAAUACCCCAAAGUUCAGAAAUACUGUCUGAUGAGUGGAGGCUGCUACACAGACUUUCACAUUGACUUUGGAGGGACCUCUGUGUGGUACCACAUACUCCGAGGAGGCAAGGUGGGCCAGGGAGGGUGUUUCUGGCUGAUCCCCCCCACCCCUCAGAACCUAGAGCUGUAUGAGAACUGGGUGUUGUCGGGGAAACAGGGAGACAUUUUCCUUGGAGACAGAGCAUCUGACUGCCAGAGGAUUGAGCUGAAGCAGGGCUGCACCUUCAUCAUACCUUCAGGUUGGAUUCAUGCAGUCUACACCCCUACGGACUCUAUGGUGUUUGGAGGAAACUUCCUGCACAGCUUCAACAUCCCCAUGCAACUUAACAUCUGUAAUAUAGAAGACAGAACGCGGGUUCCUUUGAAGUUUCGUUACCCCUUCUACUAUGAGAUGUGCUGGUAUGUGUUGGAGCGCUACGUCUUCAGCAUGACAAAGACCUCCUACCUCACUCCAGAGUUCCAAAAGCACACGCUGGGCAUUGGUCUGAAGAAGCCGUCUGUCGAUUCAGCCAGUGAGCAGGUGAAGGAGGAGGUGGAGGAUGAGGAGGACGACGAGGACGAAGACGACGACGACGACGAGGAGGGUAGUGGCAGUGAAGAAGAGUCCUCAGAGCAGCAGUCUGACAAGCCUGCAGUAAAAGUUAAUUUGACUCCCCUUGAGCUGGAGGGAAUGUGGAACCUGCUGGGUAAACUGGAGGCUCUGCCCUCCAACAAGAAGUGUGUACCAGCAGGCAUACACAACGCCCCGGCACUCAUCACACACAUCAAGGCUCUACUAAAGGAACAUGCCAAUGACAAUCCCAAGCUAUCCUACACAGGAAAACCCAUCGUCAAGUGGCCAAAGAGACCCUCAUGGUACCAGCCUCCUCCUCCUCCUCCACCACCUCCUCCUCGUCCUAAGUUCUCCUCCACUCCCAUCAUCCCACGACCACAGAAACCAGCCUCGUCCAUGUCCGUGCUGAGACGGCGCAGGGUCAGGUGUAAGCGCUGUGAAGCCUGCAUGAGGCCAGAGUGUGGAGACUGUAACUUCUGCAGAGACAUGAAGAAGUUUGGAGGACCAGGGAAACUCAAGCAGACCUGUGUGCUCCGACAGUGUCUGUCUCCGGGCCUUCCUCUGUCUGCAGUAUGUGAGAUCUGCAAGGAGCCCAAUCAGGAGGAAACCGGAGACCCCUCCCUCACGCUGAUGGAAUGUUCCAACUGUGCGCAGAUAGUCCAUCCUGCCUGCCUCACGGUUCAGGGGGAAGGAGUAGUGAAUAAAGACCUGCCUAGUUGCUGGGAGUGUCCAAAGUGUGUCCAAGGGAUUACUGACCCUGAGCAGUCUAAAGGAGACAAAGGUGAAGGCCUUCCAGCGAAGCGUAAAUCUUCCACCCUGCUGGACGCUCGCAUGGCUAAAAUUUACCGACGGCAGAGACACAGCCGCGACGAAGACGACUCUGCCAGUGAUGACGAUGAUGAAGCCUCUCAGAGAGGAAAGAUGGCUCUUCUCCGAGGGGGGAGCCACUCUUCCAGGAGGGGGUUCGGUGCCAACAGGAGAGGCUUGCUAAGAGGCACGGCCCACAGAGGAAGCAGAGGAGGGCUCAUGUCUUCUGGCUCCUCCUCCGUCCUCAAGCUAAAGCGAGGGAUGGGCAUGAGGGAUGGUGGACGGAGGGGACGAGGGGUGAGGCUGAGGGGAGGCUCAAAGAUGCAGCGAAGAGGAGACGAAUCUGAGGAGUCGGACGACGAUGAUGACGAAGAGGAGGAAGAUGAGGAAGAAGGGGACAGUGAAGAAGGUGACAAGGAACGACUGCAUCGCCGGCAUAGGAGGAGGCGCAGGACUAAUGAUGAUGAAGAUGAAGAUGAUGAUGAUGAUGAUGAUGAAGAUGAGGACAGUGAGGGGCAGGAGUUUGACCCUGAAGAGGAGGAGAUGGACACACUGGAAGAUGAAGAGGAAGACGAGGAGGAGGAGUUGGAGGAGGAAGGGCGCUGGGAUUCAGACCCAGAACCUCCAGUCCUUCUGGUGUCUGAUCUGAAUGAUGACCUGCUUAGUGGCUCCUACCUGACUGUCACUCUACAGCGCCCCCACAAGGCCAAGAGACACUCUGGCUCCAUAGUUCCAAAGCUAGAAGCAGCCAUGGGUCUGAGGACAGCAGCAUCUGGUGGUCAGCAGGGCUUCAUCCAGAGAAAGACUGCUCUGUCCAAAGCUUCACGAUUCAGGAGCACUGACGCCAUAGCUGAAAGCUUAACCUCAAGAGGACCUGGCAGGCCACGUCUGCGGGCUAACCUUAGCGACAGAGGCCCUAGAGAUCACUCUGCAACUUCUUCAGAGGAAAAUGAAGCCGCUGCUCCUCCUGCGCACUCUUCCCUGUCUCCGCCAUCCCUGCUGUCCCUGCCGUCCUUUAAAGACGUGGGCAACGAAAGAGGAGGGGAUAAGGAGGUGUGGGUGUCUGUGUUCAGGUACUUGAACAGAGCCGAGCUGCUGGCCUGCAUGACCGUCUGUAAGGCCUGGUACAAGUGGAGCUGUGACAAGCGUUUGUGGACUCAUUUGGAUGUGAGUCGGUGCAGCCCGCUCAGUAACCAGGCCCUGGCAGGCAUAAUUAAACGCCUGCCCACCUCUCUGGACCUGUCCUGGACCCCCCUGGCCAAGAGGCAGCUUAACUGUCUGCACAGGGUCCCAGGUCUGAGGGAGUUGAGGGUAACUGGUCUGUCCUGGUCCUGUCUCUCAGCGAUGGCCUCUCCCACUUUGCCCUACCUGCGGGUGCUGGACCUGCGUUGGUGUGAAGGCCUUAAAGAUGCCCAGAUUAAAGAAAUCAUCAUUCCACCUGGUUCCGAGUUGUCUCGCAGCAGACUGAGGAGCAUGGUGACGCUGCGUCUGUCGGGUCUGGACAUCAGUGAGUCCACUCUGAGGCUGCUUCAGCGCCACAUGCCCCAGCUGGAGAGACUGGACCUGGCUCACUGCAAGGACAUAACGGACUCGUCUGUCGCCCUGCUGGCUGCGGCCGGGACUCACACCCGCAACAGUCUCACUGAACUCACACUGGCAGGCUGCAGUGAGCUGACCGACGGCUGUCUGUCCUACCUAAAGCGCCUUUCCUCUCUGACAAUGCUGGACCUCAGAGGCUGUAAGAGCAUCAGCAGACGAGCCUGUGACGCCUUCAUCUCCGACCUGUCCCACGUUGCCCUCUACUGUAUGAUGGAGGAGAAGCUCAUCCAGCGCCUGGAUUAACAAAAACACUUUGUUUCCGCAGUCUGUACCUUUUUUAUUUUAAAUGUAUAUAUAAAUGGAACAGUGAGGUGUGAAAGGGGUAACUUUCAUGAAGAAUUGUUUUUGUAAGUGUAUGCUUGACCUUUUUGUGUAGGUUUUUCUUCAAAACCUGAAGUUGGCUGUUAACAUUGAACCUGACUAAACGGACAGUUGUGACUCCAAAGCUCCUAAAAUCACAAUGUCUUCUGAUAUAAAUAAAGACCUCUUCCAGUU